AUGGAGGCCGUGCCCCGCAUGCCCAUGAUCUGGCUCGACCUUAAGGAAGCUGGGGAGUUCGCUUUCAACCCUGCCGUCAAAAAGUUUGUCCUGAAGAACUAUGGGGAGAACCCAGAGAACUACAACGAGGAGCUGCGGAAGCUGGAGCUGCUCCGGCAGAGCGCUAUCAACGUGCCCAGGGACUUUGAGGGCUGCAGCACACUGCGGAAGUACUUUGGCCAACUCCACUACCUGCAGAGCCGCAUCCCCAUGGGUGCUGAGCAGGAGGCAGCUGUCCCCAUUGCCUGGACUGAGAUCUUCUCAGGCAAGACAGUGACACAUGAAGACAUCAAGUAUGAGCAGGCCUGCAUCCUCUACAACCUGGGGGCACUGCACUCCAUGCUGGGAGCCAUGGACAAGAGAGUGUCUGAGGAGGGCAUGAAGGUCUCCUGCACCCAUUUCCAGUGUGCUGCUGGUGCCUUCACCUACCUGCGGGAUCACUUCCCCCACUCCUACAGCGUGGACAUGAGCCACCAGAUCCUCAACCUCAACAUCAACCUCAUGCUGGGCCAGGCACAGGAGUGCCUCCUGGAGAAGUCCAUGCUGGACAACAGGAAGAGCUUCCUCGUGGCCCGGAUCAGUGCCCAGGUGGUGGAUUACUACAAGGAGGCCUGCCGGGCACUGGAGAACUCAGAGACAGCCUCACUGCUGGGCAAGAUCCAGAAGGACUGGAAGAAACUGGUGCAGAUGAAAAUCUAUUAUUUUGCUGCUGUGGCCCAUCUGCAUAUGGGAAAGCAGGCUGAGGAGCAGCAGAAGUUUGGGGAGAGGGUCAUCUACUUCCAGAGUGCUCUGGAUAAACUCAACGAAGCCAUCAAGCUGGCAAAGGGGCAGCCAGAAACCAUCCAGGAAGCCCUGAGAUUCACCAUGGAUGUCAUUGGUGGCAAGUACAACUCAGCCAAAAAGGACAAUGACUUCAUCUACCACGAGGCUGUGCCUGCGCUGGACACCCUGCAGUCUGUGAAAGGUGCCCCGCUGGUCAAAGCCCUCCCAGUCAACCCCACGGAUCCAGCUGUUACUGGCCCAGACAUCUUUGCCAAACUGGUGCCCAUGGCUGCCCAUGAGGCCUCUUCCCUCUACAGUGAGGAGAAGGCCAAGCUGCUGAGGGAUGUGAUGGCCAAGAUCGAAGCCAAGAACGAAGUGCUGGACCAGUUCAUGGACUCCAUGCAGCUGGACCCAGAGACUGUGGACAACUUGGACAUGUACAGCCACAUCCCCCCCAUCCUGAUGGAGAAGUGUGCUGCGCUCAGUGUGCGCCCCGACACCAUCAAGAACCUCGUCCAGUCCAUGCAGGUGCUCUCUGGGGUCUUCACCGACGUAGAGGCUUCCCUGAAGGAGAUCCGAGACCUUCUCGAGGAGGAUGAGGCUCAGGAGCAGAAGCUGCAGGAGCUCCUUGGGAAGGUCCCAGCACCCCAGGGGUCACCGCCAGUGCCGUCCCCAGGGCUGGCUGAGGUCAGCAAGGAGUGCUCCAAGUACCUGGAGGUGCAUGAGAAGGCAAGCUUCACCAACACCGAGCUCCACAAGGCCAUGAACCUGCACAUCAGCAACCUCCGCCUGCUCAGCAGCCCUCUGGAGCAGGUCCGCGCCGCACUGCCCUCCCCCUCCUUGACUGAAGAUGACAAGCAGGUGCUGCAGAACCUGAAGAGGAUCCUGGCCAAGGUGCAGGAGAUGAGGGACCAGCGGACGUCCCUGGAGCAGCAGCUGCGUGAGAUGAUCCAGAAGGAUGACAUCACCACCUCGCUGGUCACCACCGACCGCUCUGAGAUGAAGAAACUCUUUGAGGAGCAGCUGAAGAAGUACGACCAGAUCAAGGUGUACCUGGAGCAGAACCUGGCUGCUCAGGAGAACGUCCUGAAGGCCCUGACAGAUGCCAACGUCAAGUACGCAGCUGUGCGCAAGGUCCUGGCUGAGGUGGAGCACAAGUGGAACACAACUGUUCAGACCUUGGUGGCCUCCUAUGAAGCCUAUGAGGACCUGAUGAAGAAAUCCCAGGAGGGGAAGGACUUUUACACCGACCUGGAAGGGAAAGCAGCCAAGCUGCUGGAGAAGGCCAGGGCUGCCUGCCAAGCUGCUGAGGCCAACAGACAGCAGAUCUUGGAGAAGGAGAUGAAGAAGCAGCCACCCCCUCGGCCCACGGCCCCCAAGCCCCUGCAGAAGAAGCAGCUGGAGCUGGAAGCCAGCAGGGGGCUGGACCCCAGCGAGCUGCCGCUGGGCUCUCUGGUGCUGUCAGAGCUGCCGGAGGAACUGCGGAGCCUGCCCCCCGAUGUGCUGGCCGGGCACCUGGCACGCCUGUCACCCCCCUCCCUGGCUGCCCUCACCCUCAACCCGGCCCUGGCCCCCGGCCCACAGCCCCCUGAGCCCUUCCUGGCCAGCGCCCCUCUGCCGCCCUUUGCUCCUGCCCGCUUCCCAGGGAACCCCUCCCUCCCUGGGCAUUACCGGCUGCCGGUGGCACCUGCCUCCGUGCCAGGCACCUUCCCAGCCCCACUCCUCCAGCCCUCUGCCCCACAGGCAACUGGGCCUGCCCCCAUCUCAGCUGCUGCCUCCCAGCUCUUCCCGGCUGCCUCACUGAUCGCAGCCCCAGUGCAGCCAGGCUUCAUGGGGCCCCAUGUGCUUCCUGCCCGCUCAUCCCCACAGCAUGGCCCUGGCCCUGGCCCCGGCCCUGGCCCCAGCUCUGCUCCCACUGCCUCCUAUGGCCUAGGCCAGCCCAGGGUGCCUGCACCCAGCCCCCUCAGACCCCCUGCCCUUGGACCAGCAGCACCCAUGGGUGCCCAGCCACCGCUGCGUGCCCCUGAACUGCCUGCAGGCCCCCGGCCAGCCACCACCACUGUGGACAGCAUCCAGGCUCCCAUCUCAAGCUGCACUGCUCCCCCCAGGGCCCCUGGCCCCUUCCUGGCCCCACAGCGCCCAGGGAUGACCCCAGCCACCUUGCCCUAUGCCCAGGGACGGCUGCAGCCCUUUGGGCGGCCACCUCAGCCCCCCUUCCCUCUUGGGCAGCAGCCCCACACCUUCACCUCUACAGCGCAGCUGCAGCCUGGCAUGGAGGUGCCCACUCAGGCCCAGGGUCCCCAGCAGUACCCCCCAGCCCCCUUCAUGCCCCCAAGCAGAGCCCAGGUCCCACUGCCCUUCCAGAUGCCCCCCCAGGCCCAGUUUGCCCAGUUCAGUGGCCCAGGGGGGCAGCUGCCUCCACCAGCCUCAGGGCAGCCCCCCUUGCCCCCACAGCUUUACCAGCUCCCAGGGCAGGACAAGUUGCCCCCUCAGGGUCUUGCCCCACAGACGGGAACCCUGCCCUUCCAGAGAGCCCCCUGCCCAAGUGGCCCCCCCGCACAGCCCCUGCACUGUACCAUGCUGGGGGGGCUGCAGAUGGUGCCCACCUGCUCCCCUGCUCUGCCGUUCUGCCCCAGCCCUGCUCCCCCCAGCAGCCAAAUGCCCCCUGGGACAAUGGCCAUAGGCCCCCCUCCACCUACCCCAGCCAGCCAAGCUGCCCCCCACCACAUCACCCCCUCACCCAGCCCUGGCCUGGGCCAGCUGCCAGGCACAGUAAUGGUCCAGGGCCCCCUGGUUCCCUCGCCAGCCCCCUCCCCACAGCCAGCCUUGCCCAUGCAGCCCCCCGCGCUGGUGCCAGGCUCCGGCAGCAUGCCCCAGAGGCCACCACCCUCGCUGACGCCACGUGAAGCCUCCUUCCAGCGGCAGAGCUCCUCCACUGAUGACCUCCUGUCCUCCAGCCCCGAGAGCCAGCACGGCGGCUCCAAGGCAGCCGUGGGGCUGCUGCAGCCCACCAAGGCAGAUGCUAAGGAGGGGCAGAAGCCCAAAGCUCUGCAGCUGAUCGAGGACGAUCCCUACAAGAAGCCGGAGCGCGUCCUGCGGCUGCUGGCCGAGCUGGAGCACUUCCGGGGGCUGGUGGAGAGGCUGGAGCGGCCUGGGCAGGGCGGCAGUGCCGCCGAGCUGGACCUGCUCUGGAAGGAGCUGCAGGAGGCGCAGGAGAGGGACGCGCGGCAGCUGUCCAUCGCCAUCGCCCGCUGCUACUCCAUGAAGAACCGGCACCAGGACAUCAUGCCCUACGAUCGCAACCGCGUGCUGCUGCGCUCGGGCAAGGACGACUACAUCAACGCCAGCAGGGUGGAGGACCUCUCACCCUACUGCCCCUCCAUCAUCGCCACCCAGGCUCCGCUGCUGGGCACCGCCGCUGACUUCUGGCUGAUGAUCUAUGAGCAGAAGGUCUCCGUCAUUGUCAUGCUGGUGUCGGAGCAGGAGCUGGACAAGAAGGUGCUGCGGUACUUUCCCCCCGAGCGGGGCCAGCCCAUGGUGCAGGGGGCGGUCACCCUUGUGCUCACCAGCCUGAAGGUCACCCCCACCCACACAGAGAGGAUGAUCACCCUGCAGUACCGUGACCAGAGCCUCAAGCGCACCGUUGUCCAUCUCCAGUUCACCUCCUGGCCAGAGCUGGGUCUGCCUGAGAGCAAGGGGAGCCUCCUGCACUUCAUCCAGGAGGUCCAUGGCCACUACCUGCACCAGCGCCCGCUCCACACCCCCAUUGUGGUGCACUGCAGCUCUGGGGUAGGCCGCACUGGGGCCUUCUGCCUGCUCUAUGCUGCCAUGCAGGAGGUGGAGGCAGGCAACAGCAUCCCUGAGCUGGGCCUACUGGUGCAGCGGCUGCGGCAGCAGCGCAAGCACAUGCUGCAGGAGAAGCUCCACCUGAAGUUCUGCUAUGAGGCCGUCCUGCUGCACGCUGAGCAGGUGCUGCACCGCCAUGGCAUGGGUGCUGCCCCUGCCCUCCCCAAGGCCACCAACAGUGCAUCCCCCAAGCUCUACUCCAACCAGGACCCUCAGGACCUGGUGCUGGGGGGAGACAUGCCCAUCAGCUCCAUCCAGGCCACCAUUGCCAAGCUGAGCAUCAAGCCCGGGGGGGCAGGGGGGGAGCUGGAUCCUGCCCCUCUGCCUGAGGGGGCGGAGGCCACGGUACUGCCAGAUGGGCUGAUGGAUGGGGGGGCCCCCCCUGAGCCCUCCCCACCGUCACCACCACUGCCAGAGCUUCCCACUGACACCCCCACCACCAACCACGUAGCAGCUGAGAGCCCAGAGGCCCCGGGCGGGGAAUCGGUGGCCCCCCCAGCUGCCCUCCUCCUCCCUGGAGCUGCUGGCCUCCCUCACCCCCGAGGCCUUCAGCCUGGACACCUCCCUCAAGGGCAAGCAGCGGAUGAACAAACAGAACUUUCUGCAGGCACAGACGGGUGAGGGGCUGCGGGGCCCCCGGCCCAGUGAUGACCCCCUCAGCAUGCUCGACCCCCUCUGGACACUCAACAAGACAUGAGGGGAGGGAGAGAGGAGGAGGAGGAGGAGGAGGAGGAGGGUGGUGCUAUUGCUGCAAACUGGGUGUAG